AUGCAUCACCCUGAUAUUAUGAUCAUUUUGGAGACAAAAUGUUCCAGCUUACGUGCGGACCAAGCUACCAAGAGACUAGAAUAUAGCAAUUUUAGAAUUAUCCCCUCGUUUGGGAAGAGAGGUGGAAUCUGGCUAAUGUGGAAGGCUGAAAUAACAUUGAUGAAUUAUGCUGAUUCUAAACCAAAUCACUUUCAUGCGCUCUUCAAAAUGAAGCCCAACCUGCCGGAGGUGCUACUUACGGGCAUGCAUGCUCCAAGUGUAGCGGUUGAUCGUAAUCAGUACUGGAUUGAUCUCACGGAGGACUUGCCUCCUACUGGGACUCCCUGGCUUGUGGCUGGGGACCUCAAUGAGGUGCUCAGUAGUACGGAGAAAAUGGGUGGGAGACAGGUGGGGAGGGAGCAAGGGAAGAGAUGUAAGGACUGGAUUGCGGCGAAUGCUCUCAUUGACUUGGGUUUUCAAGGUCCUCAGUUUACUUGGACGAACGGGAGAGAUGGAAGCGCUCUUAUUAAGGAAAGGCUGGAUCGUGCACUAGCUAACGCCGAAUGGCUGGAGAUUUUUCCAGAUUCUAAGAAAAAAAGAGUCUUGGCUAGGCUUAGUGGUAUCCAAAAAUCUCUUUCUGUGCGUCAUUCUACUUUUCUGGCUAAGCUUGAGGUGGACCUUUUACAUGAACUAAAUAACGUGAUGAAGCAGGAAAGGUGUGUGUGGGCUCAAAAAGCGGGUCUGGAUAGGGCUAAGCUAAGAGACAUGAAUACUAAGUACUUUCAUACUUUAGCAAAGAUUAAAAAAUGUAGGAAAAAGAUUGUGUGCCUUAAGGACUCUGAUGAUAAUUGGGUGUCAGAUGAUGCGGUUUUGAAAGGAAUAAUGACGGAUUAUUUCCAAUGUAUUUUCUCUUCCUCUCACGACUCUCAUGCCAGAAUAAAUACAUUCCGCAGUGUGUCUGCUGUGUCUGAUGAUUGGAGUGAAAGACUGGAAGCCCAGGUUAGUGAUCUGGAGGUUAGGGAGGCUUUGACCCAGAUGGCCUCUAUGAAGUGCCCUGGCCCAGAUGGGAUCCAGGCUGUGUUUUAUAAAAAUUUCUGGAAUCAGAUGGGCCCAAGCCUCCUUAAUCUUGUCAAGAAAGCCUUCAAAGAAAGGAAUAUCCCUGUUGGACUUAGUGACUCAUUUAGCGCUUAUUCCCAAGUCGGACCUCCCGGUGAGGUGUACGGACUUCCGCCCUAUUGGUCUUUGCAAUACAGCUUAUAA